UCUAAGUCGUACGCAGAUCCCGUAUAAAGUAUAGUGUAGCUAACGAAGGCGUUACAUCGCAUCAAACAACCUUGCCAUUUGCGCAGUUUGUCUUUCAGUAGCGCAACUUCAUGAAAUUCACACCAAGCCACCUAGUGCAUGACGGCUGAAAACUAUUGUGUAGUAAAUCAUCACUUUCACCACUUUGAGACUUCAUGUGUAUGUCACUCUAUAAGUGGCGGGAGAGACCAGAAAUCGUGUCUUACACAAAGUUACCUUUCAGCAAAUGAGCCUCACACAAUCCGAUAAAAAUCACAUCUCUUGUCUUGUUAUUCCAAGUUACUCCGUCAUACAUUAUUGUAUAAUCCCGCAUAAUUGAGGCCAGGAGGCAAAGCCUUUCGAUUUCUUUUCCAAUUAUGUGGCCAUUGAAGCCCAAAUCUGCUGAAACUCAGAAAGAGCAGAAAGAACCAAGAUAUCUGGAGAUUCGCUCGUCGAAAUGGUUCAUUGUUAGCACAAUAUGCGUUGCAUCCUUCAGUGUAGGUUGAAUCGGAAAUCGCUGACGCGGGAGGAAAUAAAAUGCUGACGCCCCACAUUUUAGGAUUCUUUUAUAUAUGGAGUGGUUAUUCCUGUUCUUCCCAAUGAAUUGGAACGUCGAAUUGGAGUUGCAGACGAGGACCGUAUGAAAAGCACCUCCUCAUUAGAUAUAGUAUUCUGUCAAAUCAUGAAGCUAAUCCCUCACAGUGGAGUUCUGGAAUUCUAUGCUUUUGACAGCAUUUGGCCUCGCCCAAUUGAUAGCGAGUCCACUUUUUGGAUACUAUGCUGAUCGAAGUUCAUCACGACGAACACCAUUGCUCCUGGGAUUCUUCUCUAAUGCUGCUGCCACGGCUGUCUUAUAUGUUGCACAGAAUGUAUGGAUACUGGCUCUGAGCCGUUUCCUCCAAGGACUUUCCGCAGCUGUUGUAUAUACGGUCGGCUUUGCUUUACUUGCAGAUACAGUUGGCUCAAAGGAUAUCGGACAAUGGAUGGGAUACGUGAUUUCGAGUCUCAAUAUUGGAAUGCUGAUAUCUCCAACCAUAGGCGGCAUAAUGUACGCAGGGCUUGGAUAUGCAUCAUUGUUUAUUGUGAUGUUUAUCCUUAUCGCCAUCGAUAUCAUUAUGCGUUUGUUUAUGAUCGAAAAAAAAGUUGCGGCAAGAUUGAAGAAGGACAAAGAUGUAGAUGAGACACAAGCGUAUGGGACUUUCCAGCGGAGUGUUGACGAGGCCAUAUUCGAACAACAAAGUCCUUCUGUCUCUUCCAACAGCAACGGAGCAUCUGAACCAUUGCUUGGGAAUAACCAAAGCCAGCCUUCACCUGCAGAAGACAAGACAUACCCGAUAGCCUUGGUGACUCUGUUAAAGUCUCCACGUAUAUGGGCUGAUUUAUAUGGGGUUUGGGUGACUGUGUUUUUGCUCGCAAGUUUCGAUGCAGCACUUCCAAUAUUUGUGCAACGAAAAUUCAAUUGGGAUUCUACCGGUGCCGGCUUGAUAUUUCUGACCAUAACAUUUCCUAUAUUCUUAGCCCCGAUAGCUGGCAGACUUUCCGAUGUCUGGCCUUCUCGGUGGCUCACGGCAUCGUAUUUUAUUGCAUCGGCCGUUUUUACAAUCUUGCUGGUGUUGAUACGGAGAAAUAGCACUGAUCAGAUUGUCGGCCUUUGUAUACUUCUUACACUUUAUGGUAAGUUUAUCCUAUUUUAUGAUCAUGAUUGUCGUAUUCUACAAUUACUGAAGCAAGUCAUAGGCAUCGCUAGAGUCUUCGGUUCAUCGCCACUAGGCGCUGACUUGAGUCGAGCAGUAACGGAUAUGGAAGAAAAAACACCAGGCAUCUUCGGCAAAACAGGAGCUAGCGGACAAGUAUUUUCCUUAUAUACUAGUGCUAGUGCAGCAGGAGUACUCGCAGGCCCUGCUUGGACGAGUUUUGCCUUUGGAGAAAGAGGAUGGAUAUUUUUCGUCUCAAGCCUUGGAAUUUUGACUGCAACUGUUGCAAUACCAGCUGUAAGUGAAGCCUUUGAAAUGAAGAAGUAUAAACAAAGCUCAUAACAUUUAGGUAUUAUUUACUGAGCCUGGAAAAUCUCCAAAGACAGACGACGUAGAGGUGGCUGCAGAAUAGAUGUUGAAUCGCGAAGAGUCUAUGAGAGCUAGGUCAUAAUGGAGUACUAGUGCAUUCGAUAAGAAAAGAAUUUGAGACAAGAUAGAAUUGUUCGAGAAUUGUGCACAAACCAUCCGUGUUUCUCAUAUCGAUAGAAAAGUUUGAAUAAUCAAGAGAGUAGAGUAACGACCGUUAA